AUGGAGGCGGCUGAACCUCAGUUGAUAUGGAUCGUCAUCGUGUGUGGGAUCGUCUCCACGAUCCUGGCGAUGUCGAUAGGCGCCAACGACGUCGCUAACGCGUUCUCGACAUCGAUCGGCAGCGGAGCCCUGAACCUUCCUGGCGCAAUCACCAUCGCCUUCGUCUUCGAGGUGCUGGGAUCCAUCGUCCUCGGAGGAAGAGUCACGGAUUCAAUCCGCAACAGAGUUUUAAAUUUUGACGCCUUUUCGGACCGCCCGUUCGACCUAGCGCUGGGGAUGCUGUGCUCCUCGAUAGGCGCAACGUCCUGGCUGAUCCUGGCGACCCUGUUCGGCAUUCCAGUCUCAACCACCCACGGAGUCAUUGGCGCCUUAGCGGGGUUCGGCCUCGCGUCAGGCCGCACAAACGGCGUGAGGUGGUCCCAGUUCAUGUUCAUAGUGGCGUCCUGGUUCGCGGUCCCGAUCAUCUCCAUAUUCGCCACCCCGUUUCUCUACAUUCUGUUGCAGGAGCUGGUGCUCAGGAGGGAGAACUCGUACAGACUCAUGAAGAACUUCCACUGGGUCUUCCUGGCGCUGUUCUCAAUCCCGCUUUCCAUUUUCAUCGCAUUCGAAAACUCCUUUCUAAAAACGGGAAAGGGGGCACUGGCAGAUUUAUAUAGAAGAUGGUUCUACGAGUCGCACUGGCACAAGGCGUUAUCGGUGUUUGUGAUAGUAAUGACGUUUCUGGUAAUAUCCAGCAUUGUAACAUACACGAUUUGUCACUUCAGAAUCAGGGCGGGGUGGUCCUUUCUGAAGCCGCGUGAAGUCCAUCCCAUUUUUGCCAGGAAGAACAAAAAGAAGGCUCCGCUGGUCGUCGAACGCGUAGAAGAGCCCGUAAUUGCUGCUGAACAAGCUGAGGUUUACGAGGACGUGAGCAAGGAGAACUCAGACCUCCUGGUAACCAAUCUAAAUUCUCUGAACACCGAGUUGAAUAAGGCUGAAGACCCAAUGGAGUUCCCUGUGAACGGCGAACGCCCUCGGUCCCUGGACAUGAACAUCGUGGACGAUCACGUGGACGUAAACGACAAGAGCUUCUCCAAAUCCGUGAUCGACGUGCUCCUGGGCUCAGUGGGAUUUCCGCAGAGCCCUAGGGGCUCAAGGGCGCCCUCUGACAUUUCCAACGGCUCAAUCAACUACGACGAUGACUCGGGUCUGGAAUCUGGCUUGCCGCCUGAGUCAAAGGUGAGCAGCUUCUUCAGCAACAUGAAGGGGUCCUAUGGCCUGUCCAUGCCCAAGUUCCCAAAAAUUACCACGAUCAGCGGCUCAAGCGUUAAUCCAGCCAAUAGCUCCUCUGACGUCUCUAAAUCUAGUGCUCGCCUCAAGAGCGGCAAGUCUGAAAAGAAGGCGAAUAGACGCCCUAGGGUCACCGCCUUGUACAGUGGGUUUAAAAGCUUGCAUCCUGAUCGACGAAAGUCGAUGAACGACACGCAAACAAUCUUCUCUGCCAUGCAGGUCGUCGGCGCCACCAUUUCCAUCGUGUCGCGCUCUGCCAACUACACAGCCAAUGCAGUCUCGACGUUUGCCACCGUCUACUUCCUCUACCUGUACGGAGUAGAGCAAACGCCCGAGAACACACCCUGGUACAUCCUGCUCGCCGGCGGCGUUGCCAUGGCCUUCGGCCUGGCACUCUUCGGCUACAAGGUAAUUAAGACCGUAGGGCUCAAAAUUACUCGUGUCACGCCCUCCAGGGCCUACACCAUAGACUCCACCGCGGGCGGGAUCGUGCUCAUUUUCUCUCAGCUAGGCAUCCCAGUUAGCUCCACUCACGUCACUGUCUCCGCUAUACUGGGCAUGGGAAUGAUUCAGCACGUCCCUCCCUUUUUCAACCCGCACAUCAAGCACUCUAGGGACUCUGGCCACGACGCCGGCAACCUGGAGGGCGGCAACGGCAGCGGCGACGAGAACGCGCCUAUCCUGAGUCCAGACUCCAGUCACUACUCCUCCCGCGAUAAGAGCUGUCCCGACAGCCCUCUGGCUGAAAUUACUUUCGACACCACCGUUCACCGGAACCUCGACUCGAUGGAGACUCAGAAGGACGACUACAUGAACAUCAAGUCCUAUUCCUUUCGAAACCGGUUCACAUUGGAGUAUGUCAACCUGAAGCUGUACAAGAAGAUCUUCCUUUCCUGGAUCAUCACCAUAUUCUCAAGCGGGUUCGUCACAGCGGUGUUUUUCAUCAUCGGGAAGGCCAUCAACGACAUUUACUUCACUUCCGACUAA